AUGGAUAAGUCGUGGAUUUGGCUUCCAAGGAAUAGCCACGAGUAUUCAGAAGGAGCAACUAAUUUUGUGAAUUCGUCCGCAAAAAGAUUGGGAAGUCUGUCUGAAAUGCUAUGCCCUUGUAGAGACUGCCGCAAUCUGAGCCAUCAGUCACUGGAUAAAAUUGUGGAGCAUUUGGUGAUUAGGGGUAUGGAUAAGAAGUAUAAGAGUUCUCGUUGGAGUAUUCAUGGAGAAAAAAGAGAUUCUGCAGAAGACAGUGUUCUUCAAUAUGAAACAGAGGCGUUUGAUUUGUUUAAGACAAUAUUCUCCAUGGACGAAGGUGGUCCAAACCCGACAACUGACAACGAAGACGAUGAAGCACCAGAGGAAAUUGAGUUUAAGAAAAAGCUCAGAGACGCUCAAACGCCAUUAUACUCGGAUUGUCUCAAGCACACAAAGGUUUCAGCUAUCAUGGGACUUUACAGAUUCAAGGUUAAAAGUGGUGUGUCGGAGAACUACUUUGAUCAGCUGUUGGUUUUACUUGAGGAUUUGCUACCUGAAGACAAUGUUCUUCCCAAGAGUUUAGCUGCAAUCAAAAAAUUUCUGAAGAUCUUUGGGUUCGGCUACGACAGUAUUCAUGCUUGCAAGAAUGAUUGCAUAUUGUAUAGGAAGGAGUAUGAGAACCUAGAAAGCUGUCCAAGAUGCAAAGUUUCAAGAUGGGAAAUGGAUAAGCACAGUAAUGAGUUAAAGGUGGGGAUUCCGGCAAAGGUCCUUAGAUAUUUUCCAAUCAAGGACAGGUUUAGGAGGAUGUUUAGAUCACAAAGGAUGGCUGAAGAUCUGCGUUGGCACUAUACCAAUGCCACUGAAGAUGGUACAAUGCGGCACCCUGUUGAUUCUAUCUCUUGGGCACAAGUGAAUGCUAAAUGGCCAGACUUUGCUGCUGAUCCACGGAAUCUUCGACUUGGGAUUUCUACAGAUGGGAUGAACCCUUUCUCCAUGCAAAGCACCAAUCACAGCACAUGGCCAGUGUUGUUAGUGAACUAUAACACGCCUCCAACCAUGUGUAUGAAGGCUGAGAAUAUAAUGCUGACUUUGUUGAUCCCUGGUCCUACUGCUCCUGGUAACAACAUUGAUGUUUACCUAGCACCACUGAUAGACGAUCUAAAGGAUUUGUGGGCUGAGGGUAUUGAAGUGUAUGACUCAUUUGCGAAGGAGAACUUUAAUCUCAGAGCCUUGCUGCUUUGGAGUAUCAGUGACUAUCCAGCCUUAGGAACACUGUCUGGAUGUAAAGUAAAGGGGAAACAAGCCUGCAAUGUAUGUGGAAAGGAUACACCUGCAAGGUGGCUUAAGUUUAGCCGCAAGUUUGUCUACAUGAGUAACAGAAGGAGACUACCGCCUGGCCAUCGUUACAGAUAUAAAAAAGCUUGGUUUGACAACACUACCUCUAGAGAAGGAAAAAAAAGGAAAAGACUAGAGUUGGAAGAUGAUGAGAGGUUACAAGAAGAAGAGUGUGAAGAAUCAAAUGAACUAUGGCGGUGGAAGAAGAGAUCAAUAUUCUUUGAUCUACCUUACUGGAAGGAGUUGCCUGUUCGUCACAAUAUUGAUGUUAUGCACGUAGAAAAGAAUGUGUCCGAUGCUAUAUUGUCUCUGUUGAUGCAAAGUGCGAAGUCAAAAGAUGGGUUGAAAGCAAGAAAAGACUUAGAAGAUAUUGGAAUCAGAAAGCACUUGCACACAGAGGUGAGGGGAAAGAAAACAUACUUACCUCCUGCUGCCUACUGGUUAUCGAAGAGAGAGAAGACCAUUUUCUGCCAAAGGUUAGCUAAGUUUAGAGGCCCUGAUGGUUAUUGUGGUAAUAUUGCGAAUAGUGUUUCAGUUAACCCUCCAAAUAUUGGUAGUUUAAAGUCGCAUGAUCAUCAUGUCUUAGUACAGAACUUGUUACCAGCUGCAUUAAGAGGGUUGUUACAUAGGGGUCCUAGGAUAGCCAUAAAUAGAUUAUGCAGUUACUUCAACAGGUUGUGUCAGCGCAUCAUUGACCCAGAGAAACUUAUAUCCAUGGAGACAGAGUUUGUGGAGACAAUGUGUCAGCUGGAGCGCUUCUUCCCUCCAGCCCUUUUUGAUAUCAUGUUUCACCUUCCACUACAUUUAUCAAGAGAGGCACGGUUGGGAGGACCAGUUCACUUCCGAUGGAUGUAUCCCUUCGAAAGGUACAUGAAAACACUAAAGGCUUUUGUUAAGAAUUAUGCAAGGCCAGAAGCAUGUAUGGCUGAGGCGUAUUUAGCUGGAGAAUGUGUUGCAUUUUGUUUAGAGUUCCUUAAAGAAUCAGUACCAGUUCAAGAAGCAGUUAAUCGUAAUGAAGAUGUUGAGGCUGAUAGAAUGGUGGUUGAAGGCCGACCUCUGCAGAAGGGUAUAGAGGUUACCCUGUCAGAUAAAGAUAGAGACAUUGCACAUCGAUAUGUGCUAAUGAACAUGGCAUCUUUGGAUCCCUUUCUUGAGUAA